AUUUUUUCGAAAAAGAACCCAGCUGAUGUGUCACUGACAACGUUCAACAUUUCGUCUGAAAACAGCUGUUCGCUUUCAACAUUGACACAACUUCGUGGCAGUUUUGAAUGUUUGUUUGCAAAAAUUAUUGACAGCAGAGAAUAUCGUAAUACCACGAGAAAAUGCGUCAGAUGAAAGGAAAAACAAAGGAAACCAACAAGCAGAAAAAGGAGAGGAAACGUGAGUUUUUGGAGAACAAGAAGAACGUCUUCAAAAUUGUCCUCCCAACAGCGGCUGCCAUUUUUCUUCUAAUCGUAGUUUACGUUUAUGUAAAAACCAGACCGAAGCAGAUGAUGGAAUAUUAGACUACCACUCAAGACUGAAACACAUCUAUCUAUACGACUGAGAGCAUUUUGAUAUCCGUCUACUAUAUUUCAA